UAAAUACUUGGCUUGGCUUGGAAAAUCUGCAUAAACUGAAAAGAAGUUGAAGAAAGAGGCCAGAACCACUCCAAGCGAUUCUCCCUGUCAAUCGUCAUGGCGUUUCCUUUCAUGGAGGCAGUAGUCGGUUUUAUGAUACUUAUGUAUAUGUUUGAGACAUAUCUUGAUCGGCGGCAGCAUGCUGCUCUUAAGUUGCCAACUCUUCCAAAACCUCUGUUAGGAGUAAUCAGUCAAGAAAAGUUCGAAAAAUCUCGUGCUUAUAGUCUUGACAAAAGUUAUUUCCAUUUUGUGCAUGAAUUUUUAACCAUAGUCAUGGAUUCCGGAAUUCUGUACUUUAGGAUCUUACCCUGGUUUUGGAAGAGAUCUGGAGAAUUUUUGGUAUAUGCUGGUCUCAAUGCCGAAAAUGAGAUUUUGCACACUCUUGCAUUUUUAGCUGGUGUUAUGUUUUGGUCACAGAUAACUGAUUUGCCAUUUUCUUUAUACUCCACUUUUGUGAUUGAGGCUCGACAUGGUUUCAACAAGCAAACAAUAUGGUUAUUCUUUAGGGAUAUGAUCAAAGGAAUUGCCUUAACUAUUGUGAUUGGUCCCCCUAUUGUUGCUGCUAUCAUAUAUAUAGUUCAGAUAGGAGGUCCGUACUUGGCAUUAUAUCUGUGGGCAUUUAUGCUUGUUGUAUCUCUUGUUAUGAUGACAAUUUAUCCAGUUUUAAUUGCGCCACUUUUCAACAAGUUCACUCCGCUACCAGAAGGGGGGCUUAGAGAGAAAAUUGAGAAUCUUGCUUCAUCUCUUAAGUUUCCUUUGAAGAAGUUGUUUGUUGUUGAUGGAUCAACAAGGUCAAGCCAUAGCAAUGCAUACAUGUACGGAUUUUUUAAGAACAAAAGAAUUGUUCUUUAUGACACGUUGAUACAGCAGUGCAAAAAUGAUGAAGAAGUUGUUGCUGUUAUUGCACAUGAACUGGGUCACUGGAAACUUAAUCAUACAAUGUAUUCAUUCAUUGCAGUUCAGAUCCUAACACUGUUGCAGUUUGGAGGUUUUACCCUUGUUCGGAACUCUAAAGAUUUAUUUGAGAGUUUUGGGUUUGACACACAGCCAGUCCUCAUUGGACUCAUAAUAUUUCAGCACACAGUUAUACCUUUCCAGCAUCUUGUGAGCUUUUUACUCAAUCUGGUUAGUCGAGCUUUCGAGUUUCAGGCUGAUGCUUUUGCUUGGAAACUUGGCUAUGCUGAACCUCUUCGAGCUGGCCUCAUCAAGCUGCAGGAAGAGAACCUUUCGGCUAUGAACACUGAUCCUUGGUAUUCAGCAUAUCACUAUUCCCACCCUCCACUGGUUGAAAGAUUAGCUGCUAUCGACAAACUUGAGAAGAAGACAGACUAAUCAGACAGAUGGUGUGAGGUUCUGGUACACGAGGUAAGUCCAUUUCAGGCGUAUAUGUGUGAUUGGUGAUUUUAAUGUGGUGUUAGAAUGCUGUAUGCCUGUGGUAGAUGAUCGAUUUGCAUGUACCAAUAAUUUUCUUAACCAUGGCAAAAAUGAAGUAAAUGAUAUUGGCCACUUUGUUUGUUGAGAAGCUCUUGGCGGGCGGCUUAAGUUUGGAGUUUUGUUUUGUUUC